AUGCAGACCAUUAAAUACAAAUUUUAUCAGAUCAGUCUGCAUGGUGGAAUCUCUGAAUUGUCCUCUUAUCCUCCUAUUUCUGAUGAGAUGAGGCCUCAUCCAAUGGUGAGUAAUUUUUUGACUAAGCUUUGCAAAAUUAUCCCAACAUGGAAGAUAAUACCCACUGAAGACAUCGUUGAUAAAGCCUUCAAAAGCGCGGAACGGAGGAAAGAGGUCCGCAAUAAUCCAUACUGCUACAAAGGCAAGCCACGACUAAAGACAGGCCACGAGCUCGUCAGGGUUAGCGCAGACAUUGAGAGAAACCUAAACCAAGUAUUGUUACCAUUCAUAAUUGUUCACGGUGGAGAUGACACUGUUACAGACCCAUCUGUGAGUCAAUUACUAUAUGAAACUGCUUCGAGCACAGAUAAGACUUUCAAGCUGUAUCCAGGAAUGUGGCAUGCGUUGACAUGUGGUGAGCCUCAGGAGAAUAUUGAUCUUGUGUUCUCAGAUAUAAUUGUGUGGCUUGAUCAGAGAUCAAUGGUGACAAAUCUUAAAUCCGAGUUAGAGCGCAAGGCCGUUCAUGAUCCACAACUCCUAUAUUCAAAAUAUUAGUGUGACACAUGGUGAGUUUGAAAUGGGCUUUGAUGUAAUGAUAUGUUCCUACGCAAAUGAGGCUAUUUGUAUGUGUGCAAUAAAAUGAUUUGUGAAUUGUGACAAUAGCUAUUGAAAUAAAUAGUGAGUAGA